AUGGCCGCGCUGCUUCAGGUCGUAUCAAAACAAGCUCCGCAAAUCAAUCGCAGCCUGCUGGAGGGAAUAAGGAUUUCCUACAAAAAUCAUCAUCCUCUCGGUGAAACAUAUUGCAGGCUAUAUUCGCGGGUGCUGGGGGUUAGAGCGGCCGCCGUCUCUAGUUUGCACCAUGACUCUCGGAAACGGAAGCAAGAGACAUGGAUCCAGCGGAGAAGCUACUCCAGCGCAGGACUACCGAAGAAUACCCAGCAGGCGACUGAAAACGCCCUCCUGAACAUAUUUCAAAAGAAGAAAAAGGGUAAGCGCUUAAUGAUUUGCGAUACUCCGCCAGGAUUCUCCGCAAACCUGAACCACCGCAGCUGGAAACGGCAAUGGCAACAAUUCCACCAACAGCGGCACUAUCAUCGAAGCGAUCGUCCUGUGAAUCGGUGUCAUCCAUCCUCACCGCUCACGGGGCCACUAGCAAAUCGAACUACCAGCCUAACCUCGACCGAGGCUUCCUUCCUACAACCAAGCUUACUGCCAGCUCCAUUCACGAAACAACCCACACCCAUUCGUCAUUGUUUCCAUGUAGGGCACCAUCCGGCGUCAGGUGAAUCGAUCGGCACGUACGAUGGACCGGAGAUUACGGCUACCGACAUGAUCAAAGCGAUGGCGACCUACAUCUGGCCGAAGGACGAUGCGAUGGUGCGCAAGCGGGUCCUGAUCUCCUUGAGCUUGCUCGGUGGGGCAAAGGUGUUGAACGUGUGCGUUCCGUUCCUCUUCAAGAUGGGUGUCGACAAUUUGAACCUCCUAAGCAUGGAUACGGUGCCUCAAGCCGCUUCAGCUCUAACCAUAUCCGUGCUGCUAGGAUAUGGUAUCGCACGUGCUGGUGCAGCCGGUUUCAACGAGCUGCGGAAUGCCGUUUUCGCGCGAGUAGCGCAACAUUCGAUCCGCAAAAUUGCCACCAACGUGUUCUUACAUCUGCAUAAUCUCGACCUCCAGUUUCAUCUCAGCAAACAAACCGGUGCCCUAUCGAAGACCAUCGAUCGUGGAUCACGUGGUAUCAAUUUCGUUCUCACCGCCAUGGUGUUCAAUGUCGUACCGACGAUGUUCGAGCUGGCGCUAGUGUCCAGCAUACUGGGGCUGAAAUGUGGCGCUGCCUAUGCCGCCCUUUCGAUGGGCUGUGUCGGUGUGUACAGCGCGUACACGCUUGCGGUGACGCAGUGGCGCACCAAGUUCCGCAUCUAUAUGAACCAGGCGGAGAAUGAGGCGGGUAACAAGGCGGUCGAUUCGCUUAUCAACUACGAAACGGUGAAAUACUUCAACAACGAGCAGUACGAAGCGAACCGGUACGAUCACGUGCUCAAGAAGUACGAAGAGGCCAGUCUGAAGACGAGCACUAGCCUCGCGCUGCUGAACUUUGGCCAGAAUGCCAUCUUCAGUGUGGCACUUAGCGCGAUCAUGGUGAUGGCCGCGAAUGAAAUCGCCCAGGGUCGAAUGACCGUAGGCGAUCUGGUGAUGGUCAAUGGGUUGCUCUUUCAGCUAUCGAUUCCGCUCGGUUUCCUGGGGAGUGUGUAUCGCGAAGUGCGCCAGGCACUGCUCGACAUGCGCACCAUGUUCACGCUGAUGGGUGUCCAGAGCGCGAUUCAGAGCAAAGUAAAUGCUCCGCUGCUUGAUGUUCGACGGGAAACAGCUUCGAUCGAGUUCCGUAACGUCGGUUUCCGCUAUGCACAGAGCAACGAGAUCUUUAAAGACCUUUCGUUUACUAUCCCAGCCGGCAAGAAGAUAGCCAUCGUCGGUGGGUCUGGUUCGGGAAAGUCCUCCAUGGUGCGGUUGCUGUACCGAUUUUUCGAACCAACCACGGGCGAGAUUCUGAUCAACGGGCAGAACAUUCGGGAGGUUGAUUUGCAAAGUUUGCGGCGUGCCAUCGCGGUCGUACCACAAGAUUCGGUGUUGUUUCACGACACGAUCCGUCACAACAUUCAUUACGGGGAUUUGACGAGCUCGCAGGAACAGCUUGAAAAUGCUGCUCGUAUGGCGGAUCUGCACGAAUCCAUCGUGCAGUGGCCGAAGCAGUACGACACGCAGGUCGGAGAACGAGGCCUCAAGCUGUCCGGUGGCGAAAAGCAACGGGUGGCGAUAGCACGUGCAAUCUUGAAAAAUUCGCCCAUCCUAAUAUUCGACGAAGCUACGAGCAGCCUUGACUCCAUCACCGAACACCACAUCCUUCAAGCUCUGUCACGGGCUACAGAUAAUCGUACCAGCAUAUGCAUUGCUCACCGAUUGUCGACUGUGAUGGAUGCGGAUGAAAUUUUGGUGCUGGAGAACGGACGUGUCGGUCAACGUGGUACUCACGAUCAGCUGCUCAGAAGCGGUGGUUUGUACACGAAGCUUUGGGAUACACAAAACCGGCUUUACAAUAUCGGUGGAACCAACAAAACAACCAAAAAAGACGACGAACAGAAGGCAUAAUCUUUUUUUAGAAUACAUGAGCCCCAUACCACGAGAGAAUAGAAGAAAAAACCAUUGUUGACUACUUUUAAGCCCCAACGAUGUCCACUUAGCCUCGAGAAGCCCCGGACAGUGGUAGCAAAGAAGUAUUGGAAAUGAUUUUAUAUGUGAUGAGAAUUCGACAUUAUUACAAUCAUUUUACGGAAAUUGUUGCAUAUAGUGU